UUGGAUCUCAUCAGUAGUUCUGAUGUCACUGCAGAUAGUUUGACGGGUCAGUAAAGCAAGGAAGGGAGGGAUGGAUCACGGCCGGGCAUGGGGGAUGCGAAGGAUAAAACGGAAAAAGAGGGAGAGAUCCUGGUCGGCCGGCUAUUCCGUAGACGGCACACUGUCUCGCAGGACACGUGAUUCGACGCUUUCGCGAAAUGUGUAACUCGGUGCUGUAACACGUCACAAGUUCGCCCCAUUUCAUUUCCUCUUUUUUUCUUAUUUCGGUUCGCCCUGAGGCACCCACGAGAUUUUCCUUGUGUUCCCGAGGAUUCCCUUUCGUGCGCGUGAACACCGGCGCGCCUUUCCGGCCGCAACUUCCAGAACGAGUGACGCAAGUGAAGUGACACCGUCGAUAUUAUAUCGUCGGACGGGUCCCGUGUACAGAAGAUUCAUCGUUAGCCGGAAACGAGUGAAAAUUAGCAAAGAUGUACGGCCUAAUUUUAGAAAACUUGUCUGAAUACAUACGGCAGAUCUAUGGAGAAGAUAGAUGGGAAGAGAUUCGACGACAGGCAGCCGUAGAUCAACCUAGUUUCAGUGUUCAUCAGGUUUACCCUGAAAAUCUUAUACCCAGAUUAGCGAAGAAGGCUAUUCAGGUACUUGGCAUUACGGAAAAAGAAUUUUUCGAUCAGAUGGGUGUACACUUCGUAGGAUUUGUUGGGCAGUACGGUUAUGAUCGUGUGCUUUCAGUACUUGGACGUCACGUAAGAGAUUUCCUUAAUGGAUUGGACAAUUUACACGAAUAUCUGAAAUUCUCCUACCCUAGGAUGAGAGCUCCUUCGUUUAUAUGUGAAAACGAGACGCGACAAGAAAAUACAGGGUUGACUCUCCAUUACAGGAGCAAACGACGCGGAUUCGUUUAUUAUACGAUGGGUCAGAUAAGAGAAGUGGCUCGUCAUUUUUAUCACAAGGAAUUACAGAUUGAGCUGGUGCGAGAAGAAGUCCUUUUCGACACCGUGCACGUCACAUUUCAGCUUACCUUUGAUAACAGGGCCUUUACUCAAGCUUCUCUGACGAUGACGCGCGAAGAAAAACAUCUGCCAAUUGGUGCCUCCGUUUUAUUUGAGAUUUUCCCUUUUUGCAUCGUUUUCGGGUCAGACAUGAUCGUAAGAAGUAUUGGAAAUUCGUUGAUGGUGAUAUUACCUGAUCUUGUUGGUAAAAAGAUAACCCAUUUUUUCGACCUCGUUAGACCAUUAAUUGCGUUCAAAUUUCAUUCAAUUUUAAAUAGAACGAAUAAUAUUUUUGAAUUGGUAACGGUAGAACCGAUUCUAACAGAACGACCACCUGAUCGACAGAGAGAAGAACUUAUAUUGAGUGACGAGCUUGAUUCGAUCGAUGAUAGAACAUUACGAUUAAAAGGUCAAAUGAUAUACAUGGAUAACUGGAAGAUGAUGAUGUAUCUUGGUACUCCUGUUAUGCCAGAUUUGAAUGCACUGAUCGCAACAGGUCUUUAUAUAAAUGACCUAUCAAUGCAUGACUUUAGCAGAGAUUUGAUGCUUGCCGGAACGCAGCAAUCAGUGGAACUCAAGUUAGCCUUAGAUCAAGAGCAAUUGAAGAGUAAGAAGUUAGAAGAGUCUAUGAGGAAACUGGACGAAGAAAUGAAACGAACUGAUGAACUAUUGUAUCAGAUGAUACCGAAACAAGUGGCAGACCGUUUGAGGAAUGGAGAAAGUCCCAUAGACACGUGUGAAAUGUUUGAUAGCGUAUCAAUUUUAUUCUCGGACGUAGUCACAUUCACAGAGAUUUGCAGUAGAAUUACACCGAUGGAGGUCGUGUCUAUGUUAAACGCCAUGUACUCCCUUUUCGACACAUUAACCGAAAGGAACCGGGUGUAUAAGUUUGUUACGGUAGAAACAAUCGGGGACGCUUAUAUGGUGGUGUCAGGCGCUCCAGUGAAAGAAAAUGAUCAUGCUGAUCGUGUCUGUGAUAUGGCACUUGAUAUGGUCGAUGCGAUAACUAACCUUAAAGAUCGUUCUACAGGUCUUCAUCUUCAAAUACGAGUUGGAAUACACAGUGGUGCUGUGGUAGCUGGUAUCGUAGGCUUAAAAAUGCCUCGAUAUUGUUUAUUCGGUGAUUCGGUGAACACGGCGUCUCGCAUGGAGGCAACUAGUCAAGCGAUGCAAAUACAUAUAUCGCAAUCAACGCGAGAAUUGUUGUCGCCUUCAUAUAAAGUUAAAGAACGAGGAGAAAUUGAAGUGAAAGGAAAGGGAACGAUGAAAACGUACUGGUUGGAAAAAAGGGAACACAGGCCUUCGUUAACGAAAGGAAUAACCAUUCAAGAACCACCGCAAUGGCACACAAGAAGUACUGACAAAAGGGUAUCAGCGGGCACUCCUGCUGCUUUUACAGCCGCAACUAUGUUCGAGAAUCAAAAUUGUUUAGACACAGCUUCUAGAAGAGGUUCCAAGAUAGCUUCUCCAACGCCUAACGACUCAACGUUUUUGCUAGAGACGGAAAGAAGGAUGUAUUCGCCUAUUACAUUUCAAGAUGUAGCUCGAAGAUCUGUUGCAAAUUCGCCCACGAAAAACGAUACGAGAGAAUGUAGGUCAAACUCGACGGGAGCAACGAUGUCAAGGAACUCUGAGAUGUUCAGCUCUUUGCUAAGUGACACGGAGGAACAUUUCAGACAACACAGAGACAGUUUGUCGCCUCGUGCAGAGAAUCAAAUAGCAGUUAUUCAAACGAAGCCGGAAGUGAGCGUGAACACGAAUUCAAGCUCGUCAUCAGACGAAUCCCGCGAAGACAGAGCGUCUUCGGUCGAAACUGACGCUCCAACACGGGAAAAGAACGAACAGUGCGAGAAAAACAAGGAAUAUUACUCGGCGUUUCACAGUAGCAAUUCGCAGUCGUUGACGCAACAGGAUCAAUGCUGUCCUGGUUUCACUAUGUCGAAAAGUGGUAAAACGCGUCAUCAAAAUAAUGGCUGUAACAUCGCUUAAUAGGCGAAUUUCGAAAGACACCGAUCGAUUUGAUUGCUCGUCAAAUACGAGUGAAUUCCUAACCUGAAAGUAGACCACUUUCGAUGGGUUAUAUACUGAUGAUGAAUACUCUUCGAACGAUUUGGAUGAUCGAGAAUUGAUCGGAGAAGGCUAUUUUAUUUAUCUUUCGACCUGAGUUUCAUGAAUUUCUCACGAACUUAGUGCAACGAUCUUCUGUGUGUAAGAUACAGUAAAAUUUCGAUAUAAGCGAAAAUGAUCUACACAAUAUAAACGAAUUAUUUCCACCACUAGUAAAAACUCCUUGAGACGUUAUAUUUUUAUGCAGUCAAUGUCAAAAACAUAAAUUCUUUAAAACAGUAUAGUUUUUAUAAUUUGUCCGAACGGCUUAAUUUUGUUGAGAAGCUGUACCGAUUAGUUCUGUAAAUGACGUGAAUGAAAGAAACUGCAGUUCAGAACCGCAGAAAAGCAAUGGAAUUUAGAAAAAAGCAGUAGAAUAAUUUUUUGUAACUUUCUCAUUUAAUAAUGAUCAUAAUAAAGUCAACUAUGUUUUAAA